AUGGCUCCGACACGCGAUACUCCGUUCCGCUCGGCGGACAUGAGUAUGGUCCAGCUGUAUAUUUCCAACGAGAUUGGCAGAGAGGUCGUCAACGCCCUCGGCGAGAUUGGGCUGGUCCAGUUUCGCGAUCUUAAUGGAGAUGUUAGCGCUUUCCAGAGAGCCUUCACUCAGGAGAUCCGACGCCUCGAUAAUGUCGAACGGCAGCUGCGGUACUUCCACUCUCAGAUGGACAAAGCCGGGAUCCAGCUCCGAAAGCUAGAUCUCGACGUCGAAUCUCUCGCCCCGCCGACGACGACCGAGAUUGAUGAGCUGGCCGAGCGAAGCCAGAGUCUCGAGCAGCGCGUGUUCCAGCUUAAUGACAGCUACGAGACAUUGAAGAAGCGCGAGGUCGAGCUCACCGAGUGGCGAUGGGUCCUGCGGGAGGCCGGCAGCUUCUUCGACCGCGCUCACGGCAACGUGGAGGAGAUUCGAGCCUCGACCGAAGAGGACGACGCUCCUCUGCUCAACGACGUCGAGCAGCACUACCAGUCCCCCGAAGUCGAGCGCUCAUUCUCGGGCAUGAACAUUGGUUUUGUCGCCGGUGUUAUUUCGCGGGACCGUGUGGGCGCCUUCGAGCGCAUCCUAUGGCGAACGCUGCGCGGAAACCUGUACAUGAACCAGUCCGAGAUCCCCGAGCCGUUGAUCGACCCGACCAACAACGAGCCAAUCCAGAAGAAUGUGUUCGUCAUCUUUGCUCACGGCAAAGAAAUCCUGGCCAAGAUUAGGAAGAUCUCUGAGUCCAUGGGCGCUGAGGUCUACAACGUCGACGAGAACAGCGAUCUGCGAAGGGACCAGCUGCAUGAGGUGAAUGCUCGGCUCAACGACGUCCAGAAUGUUCUGAGGAACACCCAGCAGACCCUCAACGCCGAGCUGUCCCUGAUUUCGCAGUCUCUGGCUGCCUGGAUGAUCUUGAUCAGCAAGGAGAAGGCCGUCUACAAUACCUUGAACCUCUUCUCAUACGACAGGGCCCGUCGCACCUUGAUUGCCGAGGGAUGGUGCCCGACCCAUGAUCUGCCUCUCAUUCGGACAACCCUUCAAGAUGUGACCAACAGGGCCGGUCUCUCUGUUCCAUCCAUCAUCAACGAGAUCAAGACCAACAAGACCCCUCCAACAUACCUCAAGACCAACAAGUUUACGGAGGCGUUCCAGACCAUUGUCAACGCUUAUGGUACUGCGACCUACCAGGAAGUCAACCCGGCACUGCCCGUCAUCGUGACCUUCCCCUUCCUCUUCGCUGUUAUGUUUGGUGAUUUCGGUCACGCCGUCAUCAUGUUUUGCGCCUCGGUUGCCAUGAUUUAUUGGGAGAAACCGCUGAAGAAGGUCACUUUUGAGCUUUUCGCCAUGAUCUACUACGGCCGGUACAUCGCUCUUGUCAUGGCUGUCUUCUCCAUGUACACCGGUCUGAUUUACAACGAUGCCUUCUCCAAGUCCUUGACCCUCUUCCCCAGCGCAUGGCAAUGGGAUGCUCCAGAGGACUGGGUACCUGGUAAGAUUGUCUCUGCCAAGCUGAAGGGCAACUACCGCUACCCCUUUGGUCUGGAUUGGAUGUGGCACGACACCGAGAACGAUCUUCUCUUUAGCAACAGUUACAAGAUGAAGAUGAGUAUCAUUCUCGGUUGGGCGCACAUGACCUACUCGCUCUGCUUCUCUUAUAUCAACGCGAGGCAUUUCAAGCGUCCUGUUGAUAUCUGGGGCAACUUCGUGCCCGGCAUGAUCUUCUUCCAGUCUAUCUUUGGCUACCUUGUUCUCUGCAUCAUUUACAAGUGGUGUGUGGACUGGUAUCCGGCGGAGGGUCCUGCAUCUGCCCCCCCUGGAUUGCUCAACAUGCUCAUUUACAUGUUCCUCCAGCCGGGAACUCUGGAUGUGCAGCUUUACCGGGGCCAGGCGACUGUGCAGGUGAUCCUGCUCCUCUUGGCUUUUGCCCAGGUUCCCAUUCUGCUCUUCCUCAAGCCGUUCUGGCUCCGCCGUGAGCAUAAUCGGGCGCGUGGCCAAGGCUACCGCGGCAUUGGCGAGCGCUCCCGGGUCAGCGCCCUUGACGGUGACGACGAUGACGACGGACAUGUUGGCAAUGGACGCCUUAGCAUGGAAAGCGACGGCGAGGGCGUCGCCAUGAUCACCCAGGACCUCGGCGAUGAUGAGCACGAGGAGUUCGAGUUCAGCGAGGUCAUGAUCCACCAGAUCAUCCACACGAUCGAGUUCUGUCUGAACUGUGUCUCCCACACCGCCUCCUACCUGCGUCUCUGGGCUCUGUCCCUGGCCCAUCAGCAGCUCAGUGCCGUGCUGUGGUCCAUGACCCUGGCCCCGGCGUUCAAGAUGUCGGGCAUCGGCGGCGCCAUCUUCCUUGUCGUUGCAUUCUUUGCCUUCUUCUUCCUUUCCUGCGUCAUUCUCAUCAUCAUGGAGGGUGUUUCUGCCAUGCUUCACUCUCUCCGUCUCGCUUGGGUCGAGUCCUUCUCCAAAUUUGCCGAGUUCGGCGGCUGGCCCUUCGCGCCGUUCUCGUUUACGACGCAGUUGGAGGAGUCGGAGGAGCUGAAGGAGUAUUUGGGUUAA